CUCCCCGGGAUGUCCUGCGCCGGCCGGGGAGGUGUCCCAGUGUGGAUGAGACCCCGGAGCCGAUGCUACCAUGGGAUAUGAUCUCCUGUUCUUUGCCUCUCUCCUGACCGCCGCCUGCCUUCAGGACGUGCCGAACCAGGGAUCCGGACAUCUCCCGGUGGACGUCUCCAUGCUGUCCGGAGACCAUGCACCCGAGACCGGGACGGAGGAGGUGGAGGUUGCCGCCCGCUGCCGGCUUCAGCCCUUGGAUCAGGAGAUGGCGGUGGAUGCGGGGAGCUCGGCGCCGCCGGUGGCCGGUCCGGGGCUACUCUUGGUACCGGAGGGGGUGGCGGUAGGGGCGGUGGUCGCCCUGGUCGAGGCCCCAGCGCCGGGGGUGGAGUGCCGGCUAGUGGGCGGCGGCUUUCGCUUGAGGCGGACGGCGGGGAGGAUGUUCACGGUGGUGACCACGGCGGCGCUGGACCGGGAGCGGCGGGACGAGUACCGGCUACGGCUGGUGACCGGCAGCGGCAGCGACGGCGGCGAGAGCCCUUUCACCGUCCGGGUGACGGAUGUGAAUGACAACAGCCCGGUGUUCACGGCGCCGCGGCCACCGUGGGUGUCGGUGCCGAUGUCCCCGGCUGCAGAGAGCGGCUGCCCGACCGCCCGCACCCACCUGCUACCGGUAACGGCGGUGAAGGCGGCGGACGCUGACUCCGGGGCAAACGGGGAGCUGGUGUACGAGUUGGCGGCGGCCGAGGGCGAAGUAGGCGGCGGCGGCGGCGUGUUCGGGAUGGGCAUCGGCGGGGAGCUCCGGGCUAACGUGUGCCGCCUGUCAGGGCUGCCCGGCCGGGAGUGGCGACUCCGGGUGCGGGUCUGGGACGGCGGCAGCCCCCGGCGCUCGGCCAGCACCGUCCUCACCGUCUCCUUCGUCCCCGCCGCCACCGGGAGCCUGGCACCGGCCGCCGUCACCGGACUCGCCCUGGCCGCCGUCUGCGCGGCCCUUCUGCCCGUUGUGUUGCUGCUGCGCUCCGCUUGCGGUGACCGGUGGCGGCGGCGGCGAGACGGCGGCGCCUACAACUGCCGGCGGGCGGAGACCGACUACCGGCCGCAGCCCCGCCGCCCCGAGCGGCUCAUCCACAAAACCGACAUCGCCCUGUUGCCGACGUCCCGCCGCGCCGAGCCGUCCACCGACCCGCUCCCGCUGCCCGCAGCCGGGCUGUCCGGUACCGAACCCCUGACACCCAGCCCGGGCCGCCAGCGGCACCGGCACCGGCAGCUCCUGCGGGAACUCGUCCGCCUGUCCCGGGCUGGUUGUCCCGACGGAUCCCUCGAUCUGGCCGCCGGCUCGCCGCAUGUCCAGCAGAUCUCGCAGCUUCUCUCUCUACUCCACCAGGGCCAGUUCCAGGCCAGGCCAAACUUUCGGGGAAAUAAAUAUUUAAAGACGUGCAGGGGGACGGGGGCCGAGGCUGACCAGCCGACUCGGAAGGACAGUGGUCAGGGAGAGAGCGAGGGGGGGGACAGCGACAGCGAUGUCGGAUCGACCCCUCCCCUCCACGAGCUGCUGAACGAAGGGCUGAAUGGCCUGCUGGCCCGAGGAAGCUGGGAAACAUCCCCAGGGCAGGGUGGCGGGGCAGGUCGAGGGGAGCGCCUGAGCCUGGAGGACUUGUUCUGGGCUCUGCCCUCGUCUCUCCCCUCUGACUACAAGGAGAACGUCUUUAGCCUGGAGUCCGAGACGGUGCCGGAGACGGCGGACGGGGAGAGGACAACCUUCUCGACGUUCGGCAAGGGCGUGCCGGAGCAUGGGGCGGCCUUCCUCACCGAGAUGGCCGUGCUCUUCCAUCAGCUCUUGGGGCAGAGCCCCCAGCCCGGCUCCCACCUGGAGCCCUAUCUCCCGGGCCACGACUCAGAGCGGUCCAGCGACGGCCGCCUGCCCAGCCUUCAUGAGUCGCCGGAACAGAGAGCGGGAUCGGAGUCACCGACUCAGUAAUGGUGAGAGAUCGUCAGAGACCCCGGUUCAAUGCUGACCUUGGACACUGUCUGCCUGUGUGGAAAGGAACUGCAGAUGCUGGUUAAUACACAAAGUGCUGGAGUAACUCAGCGGGUCAGGCAGCAUCUCUGGAGGACCUGGAGAGGUGACUUUUCCCUUCUGCGUAAACCAGCGUCUGCAGUUCCUUACUUCUAAGACGACUGCAAUCUGAAGAAUGGUCUCGACCCGAUACAUCGCCUAUCCAUGUUGUCCUGAGAUGCUGCUUGACUCGCUGUGUUACUCAAGCACUUUGUGUCACUUUGACUUUGCCCUGCAUGUACCCCAGUUAAAAACAAAAUAUUUUUAUAUUCUAUUUAAUUAUUUUUUUCUGAUCAAAAUAAUGGCAAUAAUUUUUAUAUUUCCUUUCCCGACACUGUUCGUUAUUCAAGCCGACUGCUGUAUAUUUUACACUUAGCAAUAAAUAUAUUGUGAUA